GUCAAGAAGCAGCGCCACGCCCUGGGCCGCCUGUUCCGCCAGUUUGGCCUGGACCAGUUCCGCAUGAGCCGCUACAUUCUGCAGCACAGGCAGGCGCUCUUCACCGCCCACUACAAGAGGGAGGUCAUGGCCAAGCUGGGGUACCCGCCAUUCUGA